UUAUUUAUUAAAUUAUUAUUCUAUAUUUAAAAAAGAAAAAACAAAAAUGAAAACUUGAGAGAAAAUAGAAGGAACAAGUGAAGUGUCUAGAACACUCCAAAGACCCAUUGAUUGUUCUUUCCUUAAAGCCCAAGAAUUUCACACCAUUUCCUUCCGCCAUUGUUGUACCUUCAAACACCCACACUCUAAACGCUCUAAAGUUCCCAAAUUGAUCUCUCAUUUUUAAUUUUAGGGCUAAUAAAAGUUGUUUUGCUAUGGCGGGAAGAGGAGGCGGUAGAACCAGGGGUUUGUUGCCAUUUCUGGCACUUGAAACCGUCCUCCAUUAUCGAAGGUUGGAGAGGAAGCCUCCCGUCACUGCCGGACUUAUGGCUGCUAAUUGUCUUAUCUAUUUGAGACCUGCUUUUCUCGAUUCGAUUCUUCCUACCAUUGAUGAAGUCUGGUUCAAUCCUCGUCUCAUUUUCAAGUAUGGGGACUUGAAGCGAUUUUUCUUGUCGCCAUUCUAUCACAUUGGCGAGCCUCAUUUGUUUUACAACAUGUUGUCACUCUUAUGGAAAGGCGUUCAGCUCGAAACUUCAAUGUCGAGUGUUGAAUUCGCAUCCAUGGUUGCUUCUUUGCUCGCAAUGUCCCAAGGAAUAACCCUUCUGCUUGCCAAGUCGCUUCUAUUGUUCUUCGAUUAUGGAAAACCAUAUUACUCUGAGUAUGCAGUUGGAUUUUCCGGGGUCUUAUUUGCCAUGAAAGUAGUCCUCAACGCACAGUCUUCAAACUACACCGACGUUUAUGGACUCAUAGUCCCAUCUCGCUAUGCUGCUUGGGCAGAACUGAUUCUUAUCCAAAUGUUUGUUCCCGGGGUUUCCUUCCUCGGUCAUCUGGGUGGAAUUCUGGCUGGGAUUGCUUAUCUUCGGUUGAAGGGUAGUUUUUCUGGACCCGACCCGCUCUCUAUCCUCAUUGGAGCUUUCAGUCAAGGUCUCACGAGCUUUGUAACAUGGCCAAUGAGGAUUGUUAAGGACUUGUUUCGAUGGAGGAGACGAAGAAUAUCUGGUAGGGGAUAUGUUGGAGGGGGCGGGAAUAGGCGAGGAAGAGCUGAAUCUCAGGCCACUUGGAGAUGCCCUGCUUGCACCUAUGAUAAUUAUGGCUUGUUAAGCAUAUGUGAGAUGUGUGGCACCAGUAGGAAUGGGGAUGAUUUAUCGAGUUUUAGUCCUCCAUUUUCGAGGGGUUCGGAUGAUCGCCUUUCUCUAGAUGAGCUACGCCGAAGGAGAAUUGAAAGAUUUAACAGGUAAAGAUUUAAUGGGGUUUUGAUGUAUUUGGGGGUUAGAGACUAUCAUAUAGUUUGGCAAAGAUGUAUAUGAAGAAAUCGAAAUUGAUCUGCCAUUGAUGGUUUCUCAUUCCUUCCCUGAAUUAGGAAUAUACACACAAACAGAGCUUAUUCUAAGACCAAACUCUUCAACUCUUAAAUGGCAAAGUUUGAUGGGAAAAUAUUAUAUAUGUUUUUUUUUUUCAUUAUUCAACGAUAUAGAAAGGAUGUCCUAAGUUAGAGAGUUUAAUUGGUAAAUAAGUUUCUGAACUGCAAAUUUAGUAUUUGUUUUUGGUCUUUUGAAAAAAAAAAUGUAUAUUUUAAAUUUGUAAGUUUGAAUUUUUCUUUCCCAGAAAUGGAAGUAUAUAAUUUUAUUUUUUUUGCAAA